UUCGUAGAUUACACGUUUUAUAAGAAAAGAGAAGGGAACGGCAAAACGCAACGUCGCAACGGUAUAUGCUUUCCGCUCGCUAAGUCCUUUUGACAUAACACACACUCUCACUAGCUUCGGUUAGGGCAGAUGGCAAUUUGGGGCUUUUUCUGCGCAAUUAGGGCACACAAUUUUCUGUGAUUGAUCCUCGCAAGCGGAAGAAGAUGUAAUACCAAAGAGAUUCUCGUUCUUCAUCCUUCAUCUUUGACCGUUUCCGCGAGUGUCGUAACUGCAGGACUCGAAGCCGUUUUUCUGUUAGGGUUUUUCGUCGUUGUCGUCGCAUGAAGGGUGCGUUGGAUCGGACGAAGGUGGUGCUGCGGCACUUGCCUCCUACGAUUUCUGAGGCCGCACUUUUGGACCAAAUUGACGGCACCUUCGCUGGCCGCUACAAUUGGGUCUCCUUUCGUCCCGGAAAAAUCAGCCAGAAGCAUAUGUCCUAUUCCAGAGCUUACGUUGACUUCAAAAAGCCAGAGGACGUUAUAGAGUUUGCUGAGUUCUUUAACGGCCACAUCUUUGUAAAUGAAAAGGGAGCACAGUUCAAAGUCAUGGUUGAAUAUGCUCCUUCACAACGUGUUCCUAGACAGUGGUCUAAAAAGGAUGGCCGCGAUGGGUCCAUAUACAAAGAUUCUGAGUAUCUGGAGUUUCUUGAACUUCUUGCCAAGCCUGUUGAGAAUCUUCCCAGUGCUGAGAUACAGUUGGAGAAAAGGGAAGCAGAACGAUCAGGUGCUGCAAAAGAUAAUCCUGUAAUUACACCAUUGAUGGACUUUGUGCGUCAGAAAAGAGCUGCCAAGGGACCUCGGAGAUCACUUUCUAAUGGAAAAGUGAGUAGAAGAGCUGGCACAUCAUCAAAUGGGAGUAGUUGUUCUGCCUCGUCAAGACGAGGUUCUGGAAAGAAGAGGAUUUCCACCACAAUGUAUGUUGCAAGAGACACAGGGAAAGGUUCCAUUGGAAAAGACAAAACAAUUUACACUUUGGUUCCCAGGCAAGGUGAUCAGCAUCAUUCAAGUAAAACUUCAACUGUGGCUUCAUCAGAUGCAAACCAAACACUGGAUGAGAAUGGAGUUGCUGGAAAUACUGGUUCCGGGAAGAAGGUCCUGCUUCUUAAAGGGAAGGAAAGAGAGAUAAUUAAUGGGUCUGAUUUAGAUAGUUUAAUAGAGCAGAAUAAUGUAACAUCUUCAGCCAAAACAAUUGUUGGCUCAACACCUCUGAAGCAGAAUCAGAGGCAUGAAGGUAGUGCAAGGAUUAUUAGAAGCAUACUCUCAAACAAGGAAAUGCGCCAAAGUCAGUCAGCCAGGCCUCAAUCGGAGCAGACAAUACCAACAUCUGAUCUACAAAAAGAAAGACAACCACCUCGCCCUGUACAUGUGCAAUUGAUUUUAAAGGGUUCUAAUGGGACACCAGAGAAUAGGAUUGGCAUGCAUGAUUCACGUAAUUCAAGUGAGAGGCUGGAGAAACGUGUUAGGCAUAAGGAUAGACCUGAUCGUGGUGUAUGGACAAAUCGUUCCAUUGGAGGCGAUGAUUCUUUAUCAUUGUCUGCUUCCUCACAAGUAGACCAUUUGGAAGGUAGAUGCUUCAUUAUGUUUACUAUGAUUUCAAUGACAGGUCUUCUGAAAAGCAUGUUUUAUGAGAUAGAACUGUACAUUUGGCAUCUAUUUGGUGUAAAGCUCAUGAUCUUUGUAAAGGACUUUGCCUCAGACAUGUAGAGAGAUUAGAAAGCUAUGCCUUAUAGAUAGCUCUUUUGUUUUGUCUCUUG